AUGUGUUCUUUUACACACCCUCUGGUUGGUCCUCGGCUGCGGGGAGAUCGACACAGGUGUCAAAACAAAAACUCCCCCCCCGCUCUGAUUGAUAUAAACUUCCUCUCAACUUCUCCGUACUCUGUCCAACCGUCCAUAAUGGAGUCCAAUACAUCGGUUCUCGUAUACAUCACUCCCCUCCUCCUCGCCUACCCCCUCCUCACCUCCCUCCUUCGCUUCCGCCGACACCACAACCUCCACGAGCGCUACCACUUCCCAACCCGCGAGUCCUUCUCGCACAUGACAGACGACCAAGCCUGGGAGAUCCAGAAAGUCCUCGCGCAGUUGGAGUUUCCGUUCAUCUAUAUCAAGGCGCUUCAGUUUGCGCUGUUUAGGACAUACGGCAUCCCCAGCAUCUCAACCGUUCUCACAAAAACAACCCAAUUCUCUCACCCCGCCACCUCCCUAAAGCGCUACUCUGACACCUCCGCACUAAUCCAAGAGUACAUCGCGCACUCACCCUCCUCGUCCCGCGCAUACACAUCCCUCGCGCGAACACGCUUCUUACACGCCGCGUACCGCGCCUCGGGGACCAUCCGCGAAGAUGACAUGCUCUACACACUAGGCCUGUUCGCGAUCCAGCCGAUCCGCUUCAUCGAGAAAUUCGAAUGGAGGGAUUUGAGCGAUUUAGAGAAAUGCGCGAUCGGGACGUUCUGGAAGAGCGUUGGGGAUGCACUCGCCAUAACCUACGAUGCCUUACCUUCCGGUGGCCCAAACGGGAAGGGGUUUAAAGAUGGUCUGCACUGGCUCGAGGAAAUCACCGCCUGGAGCGAUGCGUACGAAGAACGGUGCAUGGUCCCCCAUAUCAAGAACAGGGAAACAGCGGAUCAGACUACAGCGGUGUUGGUGUAUAUGUUGCCGCGGAGUUUGCACCAUGUGGGUCUGAAGUUCGUCUCGUUUAUGAUGGAUGAGCGGCUGCGGAGGGCGAUGUUGUAUGAUGCUCCGCCACCACUCUAUGCUACGGUCUUCUCUGCGCUUUUGAAUACGCGGCGGUUUAUUCUUCGCUACUUAACACCUCCGCGGCCAUAUUUCAUGCGCUACAUGUCUCUUACUGAAACGCCGGAUGAGGAUAACCGGAUCUUUAUGACGCAGUGGGAUGCUGCGCCGUAUUAUGUUAAGCCGUCGCUCUGGAAUAGAUGGAGUCCAACUGCUUGGGUUACUUGGAUGCUUGGACGGCCUUUGCCUGGGGACGAGGGGGAGAGGUAUUAUCCCCGUGGGUAUCGAAUUGAGGAUGUUGGGCCGAGGUAUUUCGAGGGAAAGGGUGGGAAGUCCAUGGCGGAGUUUGUGGAGGAGUUAAAGAUGGCGAGGACUGGGGGGUGUCCGUUUCAUUAA